AUGACAAAACGAAAGGCCAAAUCUACUCGGUCACCUUCACCUAUCUUUGAUAUCAACGUUCUUCAAAAUAUGCUCAAAGCUCGGAAUGACAUAUUCACUCUAGAUGAUUAUGGUGAUGAUUUUUCCAAUAGUGAUGACUACAAUUCCGAUAGUGAUGAUUGGAUGGAUGAAGGUUUAUCAUAUGAUGGACCAACGGAUCCAGUGCUCAGGCCUUGCGAUUUAGUUGCUGAGAAAUUAUUACCUGCCGAGAAGAAUAUUAAGAAACGAAUGAGUGAUGUGUUAGAAUUGUCUGGAUUUGAUGGAGAGUUUUGGAGUGGAGGAAAAUUGCAUUCAGAUUAUAUGAUGCCUUCUAUUGAGAUGUUGGAUGAGGAGAGUGGUACAUAUAGGCUAUUACCACUUCCGAUUGUGUAUGAGGAACAAGUGAAUGAUUUGAUUAGGAGUUCAAUGAAUGCAGGAGAGAAGAAUUUGUGGAAGUUGAUUGAACCAAAAAAGUUUAGAAUAACAAAUCCUAAAUGGGAUGUGUUGAUGCAAGAGUUGUUGAAUAGAAUUAAACCAGAAUUAGGUAUUCUAAAAGAGAAAAAGAUUGAUAUAUCACUAUAUAGAAUGGUGUUAUACGAGAAGGAAAGCCAUUUUGAUUUCCAGGCAGAUAUUGAGCCUAAUGCGAUUGGAUCAAUAGUAAUUCAACUGCCUAGCUUGUAUGCUGGAGGUGAUUUUGUAAUGGUUAAUGGUAACACAGAGAAGAAAUUUGAAUUCCAAAAGGAAGCCACCUAUUCACCCUAUUAUAUGACUUGUUAUUCUAAUAAUUUCACACAAAAAUCAGAUAUAAUUACCUCAGGACACGUUUUGUCUUUGGUUUACAGUUUGAAAUAUUCUGGAACUGAAAAAAUUGCGCCAUAUACUAGUACUCAACAAUUAAAGGAUAUGCAACAAGUGAUUGAAACAUGGAUUAAGGCUCCUAUGUACUCAAAGCUUUGUUACAUCCUUGAGAAUGAAUACGACAAUAACUCAUUUACUUCUUCCUCAUUGAAAGGGAAUGAUGCGAUUGCUUUUAAACAAUUUUCCAAACUUGACCAUACUGUGGUACAUUUGGGAUUCUUGGAAAAACGUGAAUUUUCUGAAUUCAAUAGUGAUAUAAGCGCAAUAACUGAAAUGACAUACAGCUUUCAAAAUAAUGUAGGCGAAACUCUGGUUUCAAUAGUUGAAGAAGAAGUGUUCCCAGAAAAUAGAAGAAAACAAAUGCCAGUAGCCACUCAGAAGAAAAGAGAAGAUUUUGAUGUGGGUGGACUUGAAAUUGAAAGACGAUACAAGAGUGCAUGCAUUCUUGUUUAUCCAAAGAAAUUAAAGUCGCUUUGCAAACCCAAGAAGGAUUUUUUGAAUAAGUUGUUAGAGGAUUAUAAGGAUAAGAAAACAGAUAAGAGGAAACAUUUAUUGAUGGCCUAUACUUCGUCCCUUGUUGGUUGUGCUGAGGAUAAACGUGGAAAGACAACAAACGGAUUGGAUAUUCCAAAGGUUUUGGAGGCUUGCCUUUUAGUGAACUAUCUUCCAUUGAGUUUGAAAUUUGUGGAAAAAAUGUGGCUUGCAGAUGGUUUUACUGAAGAAUCUACUACAUCGGCCACCAAAUUAAUUAAGCAACACGGAGCUGGAAAUUUCAAGCCAUUAUUCAUCCAUUACUUGGAUCAAAUGUCAUUUGAAAGUUAUACUUUUUCGAAUCGAGUAUUCUCAAUAGGAACUAUGAUUUUAGAGUUGAACGAAGAAUCUUGGUUAGAUCUUUUUAUACCAAAAGUGCUAUCUAUUUCCCUUCGAUUAGAACUUUUGGAACCAAAAUCGGUUUUGCUCAUUCUUAGUUUUAAAGAGAAAUAUCCAGCAUGUUCUGCAAAAAUUGAUCAAUUCAUCGAUCUGUACACAAAAUCAGAAAUGCGAAACACAGCAUUUUCAUCGGACGAAUCAAAAAUCAAUGCACAAGUUAUUAUCAAAUUGAAUUUACCAAGUUUAUGUGGAGUACUUUGUGCAAGACUGGUUCAUUCGAAACAAGAAAUUAACUUGAAUGUAUUACAAGAAAUUGUGGCAGUGACGAAACAUUUUGGAAUUCAAGUAUUGGAAGAAUGCUUAAAUGCCAUUGUAGAAGAUAUGUUGGUAUACCCUUUACGACAAAGGAUUGAAGCAUAUACUCGACUGGCUGGUGGUGAAAGUGAUGAGGCUAAACAUUUUGCAAGCAAAAUACUCUCAAGUAUUAUUCGAAAAUUUGACAACACAUCAGAAGAUCCAUCUGAAGAAUGUGCCCAAUUACUAACAUUUUGUAGAAAGAAUGACAAGAUUACAGAGGAAAUGAGUAUUGCAAAAGUGCUAGUUGAAAAGAUUACCAAAGCAAAACAUGGUCAUUCUCUAGUACAAAAAUUAAUCAAGGAAAAUGGAACUGAAUGUUUUUGGACUGGAUCAGGAUUGAGAUUAGUUUUGGAACAUUGCUACAAACUUUUAUACACUGCAGCUUCAAAUGUAAAUAUACCAAUUGACUUUGACCUUGGAGUUGACUCUACGAGUGAAUGGGUUUUCAAACAUGUUAAAAUCAAGUGCAAAUGUAAUCAUUGUAAAAGUGUAAAGAAAUUCCUUAAAUCCAAUGAAAUGGAAUUUUCUUUCAAGGAGAAGAAGGAUGCCAGAACACAUGUGGAAACCAUUCUAAAUGGCAUUGAGGACAUUAAGAGAGAAACAAUCAAACAUGGCUCACCUCAAACUCUCAAACUAACCAAGAUUCGUACAACUCUCGAAGCCAAGAAGGCAAUUGUGACCUCAGCCGAAACUGUUCUCAAACAAUACAUUGAGUAUGCCACCAAAUCAGAUCAGAAACCACAUGCAAGACCAGCCUCUGAAUCUGUAUCAUCCUCAACUACUGAUCCACCAACCAAGAAAGUCAAACAAUAA